AAACACCUUGCUGUCAAGCACGUUCGAUAACAAAAACAUUUCCUUGCGGAAAGUUACGCUUUUCUCGUGCGGCCGGCAAAAAUCUGCACAAAACUAACACAAAAUGCGAAUCCUCGCCCACCGUUCCGUGCUGGUCGUGUCGCGAAUGCUGUCCUCCAGGGCGGCGGCCACACAGGCCACACCGGUAGCGCCACAAACCGACCAAAAGUGGGACCUGUACGCCGGUGUGCUCGUGGAGCGGCUACCGAUCGUUACGAAAACACUCGAACCAAUAGAGGCUAAAUUUAAGGAAAUGCUGAAUCAGAUCGAGCUAGAGAAAAGUCUGAAAUCCAACCACGAGCUGCGGAAAGAGACGGAAAAGCAGCAGCUGGAGCUGCUCAAGGCGGGCAAAAUCGAUCUCGACUCGGAAGCGCUCAAACAAACGGCACAGGACCUGGAGGACGCUUACAAUGAGGAGUACGCCCGGUUUAAGCCGGCGCCACGCGUCACCGAGGCGGACAGCAAGAACGACACCCGAUCGCUGGACCGCAAGCUGGAGCAAACGCUCGUCCUGCUGGUGGAGCAGAAGCUGGGCAGCAAAAGCCACUAUCUGCUGCCGCAGGGGUUGCACCGGAAGGGCGAAUCGCUGCGCGAGACGGCCGAACGCACGCUGAAGGAAUGCUGCGGCGACAAGCUGCAGGUCACGUUCUACGGCAACGCCCCGGUCGGUUUCUACAAGUACAAAUACCCGCCGAGCGUGCGGAAUGACGGGGCGGCGGCGGUCGGCGCGAAAGUGUUUUUCUUCCGCAGCGUGGUUAAAAAUCCGAGCCGGAACGUUGGAAGCGACCAGGUGAAGUACCAGUGGCUCAGCCAGGAUGAGCUGCAGAAGCAGCUGCAGCAGCCGUACUACCAGAGCGUUUCGCAAUUUCUGUUAUGAAGCUUUUUCGGGCGGGAGGAUUGGAAUGUUAGCGCAAUAGUAAAGAAAGCACGUGGUUAGAAAGUAAA